UUGAAAAUUUGACAAUCCUAAUACAAUAACCUGAAUUAUUUAGUUUAAAUAUAUCUUUAACGAAUUUAAACAUACAAAUAAACAUUAUAAUAUUGUUUGUAAUAAACUGUUUAGUGAAUUAAACUGCAAUAUGUCUGAUAACGCUGUUCCCUCUGCUGCCCCCUCUGCUGCUAGCGCUUCCGAUGAGCAGCGCUCUGGUACUGCUUCUGGAACAGAGGAGAAAGUAUAUGGUGGCUGUGAAGGACCAGAUGCCAUGUACGUAAAGUUGGUGUCUUCUGAUGGUCACGAGUUCAUAGUGAAGAGGGAGCAUGCGCUCACAUCCGGAACUAUUAAGGCCAUGUUGAGUGGACCUGGCCAGUUUGCUGAGAACGAGGCUAAUGAGGUCAACUUCAGGGAGAUACCGUCACACGUCCUGCAAAAAGUUUGUAUGUACUUCACAUACAAAGUUCGCUAUACCAACUCGUCGACCGAGAUCCCAGAGUUUCCCAUUGCACCAGAAAUUGCUCUCGAAUUACUCAUGGCUGCAAACUUCCUUGACUGUUAAUAAAUCUUAUUUGAGUAACAUAACUAAUUUUUUUAUGUGUCCUACUCGGCUAGAUUCAGGAUUUACAAUAUAACAAUUUUAUGUAUUUUGGGUUUAGUGCAAAACCGCGUAUAAGCCACGUGAAUAUAAAUAACCUUAUUUUAUGAAUUAUUAUGUUGAUUACACGCUUUUGCACUGUUCUCUGUCUUAUUACAAAGAAGGUUCCAAAGCGGGCUACUUCCUUUAUAUUAAUUUGUUUAAAUAUAAAACUUGUUAAGAAAAAUUGCAAUAAUAAUUUGUUAAAAUUGCUUUAUGCUAUUAAAAACUUAAAAUAAUAUGCUACAGAUAAGUCAUUGACUGAAAUUAAAGAUUUACCUUUCUGUAAGUCAAAAAUGUUUAAUUGUAUUUUAUUUAAUAUACAUUUUCGACUUCGGUCAAGGGUUAAUAGUUAAUUUAGGAAAAAUAAUAGUCAAGCUAGGUAUAAGCUGUGUAUUUUUUUUGCAUUAACAAAUUUAGCAUUUUUCUUACGAUAUUAACAUUAAAACUGUUUUAAAAUGCUUUUCGCAGAAAAACUGGAAAAUAUUGAAAGCAUUAAUGUGUUAUAAAUAAAUACCAGGGAAUGUUUUUUUGUAAGUCACUCAUAACGUGUAUAACAUACAUCAAUUUAUACUUUGUAUUAUUAUUAAAGUAGAAUGCAAACA